AUGUCCCUAUGCACAGAACUAUCACACCCGAAUGUCGUCCACCUGGCGGAAAUCAUCCUGGAGGACAAAUGCGUAUUCAUGGUCUUCGAGUACUGUGAGCAUGAUUUACUCCAGAUCAUCCACCACCAUACCCAGCCAACGCGUCGACCAAUCCCCGCGACCAUGAUAAAAUCGAUUUUAUUCCAGCUCCUUAACGGUCUUUACUAUCUUCACCAGAACUGGGUACUUCAUCGUGACCUCAAGCCUGCAAAUAUCAUGGUCACUAGUUCCGGCCAUGUGCGAAUCGGCGAUCUCGGCCUAGCCCGUCUGUUUCACAAGCCGUUGUCAUCUCUGUAUUCAGGUGACAAGGUCGUGGUUACUAUAUGGUAUCGUAGCCCCGACCUACUCCUGGGUGCACGCCACUACACGCCCGCGAUCGACAUGUGGGCCGUUGGCUGUAUUUUCGCCGAAUUGCUCAGCUUGAGACCCAUUUUCAAAGGCGAAGAGACGAAAAUGGACAGCAAGAAGACCGUCCCCUUUCAACGGAACCAGAUGGGCAAGAUUGUCGAGAUUUUGGGUUUGCCUAGACGUGAGAACUGGAAGGGUCUGGUUGAUAUGCCGGAGUAUCCGCAGUUGCAGUCACUCGUGGUGAACCGCGGAGGAAGCCUCUAUCCGACACCGUCGAGCAGCCGUGGCGGCGGCGGUUCUGGUGGUGGGAGUAAUGGAAGCGGGUUGGAGAACUGGUAUAACAACUGUCUCCGCCAUGCAAGCUAUCCUCCGGACAAAUCUCCUGGUCAACGCGGAUUCCAGCUUCUAUCGGAGCUGUUUGAGUACGAUCCGGACAAACGAUUGACGGCCGAGAGAGCCCUACACCAUGAGUACUUUCGCAAUACGGAUGAUGGACCUCACAAGGGCGAGAUCUGGGUCAGCAAUAAUUGUUUCGAGGGACUGGAUGAAGUAUAUCCGCAUCGGAGGGUGAGUACGGAGACGAAUGAUAUUGGGACGGGCAGUUUGCCGGGCACAAAGAGAGGCGGCUUGCCGGAUGAUUCACUUGUGCCUCCGGCGAAGAGGAGAUGA